AUGUUGCGACUGUAGGGUUUCCAUGGCAACAACGACAAACGCGGAUGUUGGUCUGCUAGUUGGGAUGGUUAGCUAACGUUACAUUUAUCAGAUUUAACACUAUCCUCUACCUAGAAUUUCUUUAUCUGUAUAAUGGUCGUAAUGAAAACUUAGAAAUUGAACUGAACAAAGUUUAACCGGAUAGCUAGCGGCUGUAAAUUGCAGCAGUCACAUACAAAGUAGCUACGAGCUAACUCAGCUAAACUGGCAGCUAGUAACUUCAUUGUAAUCUACUUAAACCCGGUGCAGUUGGACUAACUAUAACUAGCUAAUAGUUGGUCACCUAUCGACUGGUUUGCCGCAACUUUUUGUGAAAACAAGUCAAACUGACCAGGAUGUCUGAGAUAGAUGAAGAUGCAGUCUUGUCGGAUGUAGAAGGAGAGGAAGAAACGCGUCGAGACGGAGUUGAAGAGGGCGAUAAGGUAGAGGUUUGCCAGCUGACCCAAGAAACCAUAAGUCAUGGGCUCUCAUUACUGUGCCGAACAGGAAAUGGGCUCGGACACGCAUUUGUCAAACUGGACCUAAAAGAAAAAAGACUGAAUGACAUAGCUGCAAUCAGCAGUUACAUCCACCUACGUUUUCUGGAUGUGUCCAAUAACCACAUGACUGAUCUCUCUCCUCUGGCAUCUCUGACCCAGCUGCUCUGGCUAAAGGUUGACAAUAAUGCUGUCGCUUGCAUCAAAGGGCAACCAUUUGCUCAGUUGGCAUACCUGCAGUGGCUGAGUAUGGCAGGGAACAGGCUGACAGAACUCGAUGGCCUGGGCGGGCCUGCCUUGGAAUGUCUCAAUCUAACAGGUAACAGCAUUCAGAGAUUGAACGGCCUUCAGGGUAACUGUUUUGCAAACCUGGUAACUUUAGAGCUGAGGGGAAACAAGUUGGAUACCACUGAAGGCAUCAACCUUCCCAACCUGCGACAGUUAUAUCUGGCUCAAAACGUUAUCAAACGUUUGGAGGGUCUAGAAAGGCUGGAGCGCCUCACCACCCUUCAUCUUCGAGACAACCAGUUAGACACUCUGGAUGGCCUCAGCUCCAAUAUGAAGUGUCUACAGUACCUCAAUGUCAGAGGGAAUGCAAUCUUAGAUGAGAUUGCCCUGAAAUGCCUUAGACUUGUGUCAAAAACUCUGCGAGCUUUGGUCCUCUCUGGGAAUCCUCUGGUGGAAACGGUAGACUACCGGCUGAGUGUGCUGAUUGUCCUGCCACAACUGGAGCGACUUGACAAAGAACCCGUCAGCCCUCGGGAGAGGAUUGAGGCCCAGGAGAGAAUACAUGAACUUAAAGAAGAAGAAAUCUCCGAACCAUGAAGACAGGACGGAUUAAGACGUGACAGAAAACAGGAUGAGAAUGUGGGGGAGUGACACGCAGCGAAGGGCCCCAGGCCAGGACUCGAACACUGGGCUGCUGCAGCAAGGAAAAGGCCUCUGUACACGCCCGCUCUACCAACCAAGCUAAACAGCACCCACAAUCUAAUUUUCAAACAAUAAAAAAUGUUAAAGUUUUCA